AUGCUAAGAACAGCUACCGACGUGAGAGCAAGCAUUUCGAGCGACUUUACUAGCGAUGUUCACUCACCAAAGUGCAUCUCGGGAGUGGGAAGGCCACUUGAUGACCAGCCUUCGACCGAACGGCUGUCAAGGAGAACCAUCAGGAAUCGAUCAUUGUUGGCCACGUCUGCCCAUGGUACAUUGGAGAGCGCGGAUCCUGUAGAUCUGGCUCCUUUGUCCCCCUUGCCAACGAGUAGCUCGUCGGUACAGGAAUCUUUGAACCCCAAAGAGGUGUACUGUGCUGAAAAUUCUGCGUAUUGGACAGGCCGUUAUGUGAGUGUUUGUGAUCGUCUAAGAAUGGAAGAACUCGAUGGCAUGGAUUUUGCCGACAACCAAUCGGAUGAGCGGCUCUGGGAGUCCAAGGAUAGAUUGAGGGUUGAAAAUGCUAUCAACGAGCUCAGAGGUUUCUGCAGGACGACGCAAGCCCAGGACAGCUUUGCACGUUUUGAAACACAACUAUUCCAAGAACUCAAAACCAAUGUCUUUGUUCUAACUCCAAAAGCUUUGAGGUCGAAGACAGAAGUCCAGGACGAAGUGUCGAAAUUUGCUGGUCCAGAGCUCAAGUCCAAAAGCAUCUGGACAUCGCCAUCGUCUAUUGAGACCGCCUCAAUCUCGACGAGUCGGGUGUCAAGUGUCAACGCAGAAGCAACUUUGGCUGUUGGUCCUAAGCUGUUCUAUGGACGUGCAGGAAUUACAAAGAGUAAGACAACUGGCCAUUUGGCCUCUCUCCUUCCAAUGAUUCAAACGAGGUCAACAACCACUACCAGCAAUACCCCGAGGCAAGGGUCCACGGAACCUCUGUCUCAUCGACGCAGAACUUCAUUUUUCGACUGUUCCCCACAAACUCGGGCUCGGGCUAUGAAAGAAAGAGAAGAUCGUGCUGCUCGCAGAGUCGCCGAAGUAAGGCGGAGACUGGAGGCGCAGUCGCUGACAACCAGCAAGACUUCAGACAACCAGCCACGACCAUGUACGACCAUAACAACACCGCAGUCUCCGCAGUCGCAUCGUGCCUAUCCCCUUGCAAUGCCCGCCACUGGCAGAAAUGGCGGAGCAUUUAGCGGGAGCACUUUAGCUGGAGGAAGAAAUGAUACAAAAUCAUCGGCUCGGUCAGCUCGUAUUGUGUGCACCAGAGUCGAUAUGCAUGCUCAAACAGCAGGUGCGGAGAAGCUCGAAAGAGGGCGUCGCAAGGCAGAACGACAGUUUAGCGGUGAGAUAGUGAAGAGUCUGUUUGGGGCUGGAAUGAGAGGGAUGAAGAAGAUGCGGAAACGGGUGGGUGGAGGCAUGGUGUGGUCAGGAAGUCAUGAAGACCUAUCCUCGUCCAGCGAUAGAUAA